AUGCGACACCCUCUAUUUCUAGGAUCACUGCUCGCUCCAGCCUUCUUCCUUGUGACAUCUGCCCGAGCUGGACCUCUGUGGCGCGAGAAACUCGCCGACGUGCUCGAUCAAGUGCCAUCCUUCAACAUCCCCAGCAUCGUCAUGCCGCCCGCCGCCUCGUCCGACGACGCCCCGAUCCUGUCCGACGUGAUGGGCAAGGACAGGAGCGUCAACAUCUUCAGCGGCUUCACGCGGGAUGUCGACUCGGUCGCUGCACGUUUAAACGACGGCUCUCAGAACGCGACUAUCCUGGCGCCUGAUAACAGCGCCAUCCACAGCCUGCCACGCAAGCCCUGGGAAGAUGCCAGAGACUACGAGUCUCUGGGCGCGAACGCAUACGAAGGGGCCGAUGGCUCAAGCCGCGCGCAAAAGAACUUGGAGCGCUUCGUCAACGCGCACAUCGUACCUGAGAGUCCGUGGAAGGAGAACGACAAGAUCCAGUCGCUUGCGGGCAAUACGGUGUGGUACGAGAUCACGGACGGCAAGAAGAUGCUCCAGCCUGGCAAUGUCGAAGUUUCGGCCAUCGCCGACAAGGUUGCCAACGGUGAGGUCUGGGUUAUCAAGGGCGUUCUAAACUACGCACAGACCAGUAUCCGCGAAUCCAAUUCAAGCAAGACCAUGUCAUUGGCACCCAAAUUCGCUGGCCAGAAGCUGGCUUCUGGCGUGAAGACGGUGCACACCCUCGAGCUCUGUAUGUACAUCCCCUCGGCCUACAAGCUCAAACCCGCAACUGACAACCAAUUCCCCUCAUCCACAGACCUCGACUACGUCUGCCCGUUCUCCAAGAAAAUGUUCAACACCAUCUACGACCACGUCCUCCCCACCAUCAAAUCCAAAUACGACUCCCAGCUCCAAAUCAUCUUCCGCCAGCAAAUCCAGCCCUGGCACCCCUCCUCGACCCUCGUCCACGAAGCCGGCGCCGCGGUGCUGCGCCUCGCCCCCGCGCAGUUCUACGCCUUCAGCCGCGCCCUCUUCGACCAACAGACCGACUUCUUCGACGUCAAAGUCGUCAACGAGACGCGCAACGAGACCUACAAGCGCCUCGCCAAGAUCGCCGCCGGCGUCGGCCUCGACGAGGAGCACGUCUACGGCCUGCUCGAGAUCUCGGACAAGCCGGGCCCCGACGGCGCGCUGAACACCGGGAACAAGGUGACGGACGACGUCAAGGUCAUGGUCAAGACGAACCGGCUGGUGGGAAUCCACGUCACGCCGACUGUGGUGUUCAACGGCGUUGUGGAGAACAGCAUUUCCAGCAGCUUCACCAAGGAGCAAUGGGAGGACUGGCUCGAGAAGAACGUGGUGUGA